AACAAAACUUUUUUUUUAGAGGCCUACAUCAUCACUAUUUGCUGCCUUUUGACGUUGCCUCGAUUUCGUUUGUCACACGCAGCAAAACAAUAACAACACAACACACUACACUAAGUUUUACCUAGAUACUUAGAUUAGAUUCUAAUUCCAGAUCUCUAGCUUAUGAUUUUAAGUCCUGAGAAGUGUGACUUUGACAGAGAACUGAAACUUGCAAACGACAAGAGCCUCAAAGUCAUCAAAGAAUAAAGCUAUUAGGCAAAGUCUUCAUAUCAGCAAUCAGAUCAUCAAUUAUGAAGUUCAAAUUCAAAGAGGAACACACUUUUGAGCACAGAAAACUAGAAUCUGGUAAAAUAAGAACAAAAUAUCCAGAAAGAAUUCCUGUUAUUGUUGAAAAAGAUGCUAAAUCACAAAUAGCAACAAUUGAUAAGCGCAAGUUCUUAGUGCCCAGUGACAUCUCUGUGGCACAAUUCAUGUGGAUUAUUAGGAAACGAAUUCAGCUACCAUCAGAGAAGGCUAUAUUUUUGUUUGUUGGGAAAGUACUUCCACAGUCCAGUGCUAGUAUGGGUCAAAUCUAUGAGGACCACAAAGAUGAAGAUGGCUUCUUGUAUAUUGCUUACAGUGGAGAGAAUACAUUUGGCACCAUAUUGUAGCAAUGUUUUUCAUUGAAAACAGAACUCUUUUGUUGAAUAAAGCACUCAACUAUGCUGAUUAUACAUCUAAAAAAUGAAGCACUGUCUGCUUUCACUCACAAGGAAUCAUAGUCUCUGUUACUAUUUGCUAAUUUACAUUCAUUCAAUUGGCGAUCCAUAUUAUGUCAUUUACCAAAGUAUGAAUGGGCUUGGAUUUCAAUGAAUGCUUACAUGUGAACAAUACUAAUGCUGGGGCCUCAGAAUUUGUUAAUCAUUUAUGUCUUCUGUUUACAUUGAGCCAAACAUUUUCCAUUAAAUUAAUAAUAAACAUCUGUUAACAAAGUAACCUAUACAAAUAGUCUACAUUUUUUAAAAAAUUUCAUUGACUUUAAUUUUUAAAAAAUUUAGUGUUUAAAUAUAAGACUUUUGAAUUAAAAUUUUUUUUUUGUUUCAAUACAUUUUGGGUAAACAUAUUUUAAGAGCAAUAGAUAUAUAGAAUUUUUAUUUUCAUGUCUCUGAAAUGAGAAAAAAAAAUGCCUGUUCAGUGUAAGAAUUUAAAAUUCAAACGUAUGUGCUACAGUUUGGUUUAUGGACUGCAAAGAAGUAAUUAAAAGCACAAACUUUUGUAUCAGUCUUUCUGUGUGCUUAUGUGUAGUGCUAAGUUUCUGCCAAUCUAUAGCCAUUUAGUUGAACACCCUAAACUUCAACUAUUUAGAUGUAACCGCGCUCAGAAAAUUUUGUGAUAAAAAUAUGAACAUCUCUUCAAGAAACAAAUUUAAACAUUUUUUUAAAUUUAAAAUAUUAGCUAUUGUUUUUUAUCUGACUUAAAUAAUGGCAUAAUUGUUUUUCCUCCAAAUUUGUAUUUUUAUUUAUGUUAUAAGUUUGAUUUUCAAAGUUGCAAGUUAUAAAAGUUGUAUUUUAAAAAUAUUUUUAUACUUUUAUUUAUAUUUUAUAAUUCCUUAUUCACUAACACAAGAUUAAUUUGUGGCCAUUGUUUUGAGUUUUCAUAAGUUUUAUUUGAUUUAAUUGAGUUAUCUGAUGUUUAAUUUUCAUUGUGUUUUAGAGAUUCAUAUAUUAUAUAUAAAUAAUAUGAUUGGGUAUACAGGAUUUCUUGUCAGUAAAUAUUUUAAAUUAUAAUUGAUUGAAGAAAACAAAAAGUAAGAACAUGUAAAAAAAAACACAACACUUUCAAUUUUUUUGAGAAAAAAAACAUGCAUUAAAUGUGAGAGAGAAUUUCUCUCAGAAGCUAAAAUAUUGGAAAUGAAAAAUUUACUACAAAGUAUUAAUUUGUAAUUGAGUUUACAAAAUCAAAUUUAAGUAAGGUAUUCCUUGCAGACCUUGUGAUCUAUGGGACAGAUGAUAUAAACCUUACUUGUAACUACUGACAGUUAAUUAACUCUUUCUCUCCUGAUCGACGAUACCAUCGUUGAUUUGACAUCAUUUUAUUAAAUUAAAUGUUUAAUUUUAUAAAAUUUACUUUGUGUUAUAUAAAAAGUGCAUGCAUUUCCCUUUAAUUCUUUACCAAAUACAACAUUUUCUGAUAACAAACGAUAAAGUUAUUGAAGCUUAAUCAAAACAGGGUAGUGAAAUAGUAAUGAGCCCAAUGAAGAAUUCCUUCGAAACAUGGAAAAAUAACAACGGAGUGAAAGAGUUAAGGCUUCACAUCAACAAAGUGCCUUUACUAUCCAAAACUAAUGUCAGGUACCAGUUAGAGUUGGGUGGACUUGAAGGAGCCCUAAAAAUCCUGAAAUUCAAAAUCCCUGUCUUCGCCUUGAUUUAAAUGAGACCUCUCGAUCUGGAAGCCAAACACUUUAUCAUGGCCUCUUUUAGUUAGAUGUUACUAAUUUUAGGUGCUCCAGCGCUGUUCUCCAUUUUAAAAAAAGUUUUAUUUCAGUAUUAAAUUAAGUUCUUUUUCUUUUGGUAUUGUUGGUUUAUAUGAUUUAUUAUAAUGUAAAAGGUGUUGAGAGCUAUUUAUCGUAACAUUGUGGUAUACUGUAGUACAUGUCGGCCUAUUAAUUUUCAUUUACUCUAUAAAUCAUUGUAUGUUGUUUAGAUCUUCAUUGUUCAUGUCUAUCAAAAGAUGGAUAAUAGCUCUAAAAGUAAUUCAGAAUUGUUGUCAGUUAGACAUCAUAUAAAGAAAUUAAAGUAGAUAAAGAAGUUAUUGUUUUAUAAGCAAAAUAAACUGCCGUUUCAUCAAGCGUAUGUACAUCACAGACAGGUUUUGAUUCUAAACAGCAGACAUUUUGAUUUUUUAUGUAGAAAUAAUCUUGAAAAGUGUAUCUUCCAUUUGGCCAGCAGAAGACCUGUACAUCUAUGUGCUAGCAAAUGUAGUUAUAUAAAUACUCAGUGCUUGGGCUCUUCUGGGUUCUUCAAGUCUGAAUCACUUUACAAGGAGCAAGGGGACAUUUUUAUUUCUUUUUUAAAAAGAGAAAUACAUAUCUGCUUCUUGCUUAAUGCUGUUGCUUUCAGUAAUAAAGUAUGUUUUUUUAAGGGGUUGCUGUGUACUUAAUUGUACUUUAUAUUGUAGUAUUUAAAAAAAUAACAACUUUCUUUUGUUCAAAUGCUUUUUGAAUUGAUCGAAUUCAGGGUUGAAUUGUGUUUUUAUGCAGUCUUUAUAUGUUUUUAUGCAGUCUUAGGUGUGUGUGUGUGUGAUAUGAAGCUGUCUUUCAUUCCUGUCGUGUACAUAAUGGAAGUAACCAUUAGCUUUGCCAUGUUACUGUAACAAACAUUGUCAGAAAAUGUCUCAGGCUGAGAGGGAUGUUUUUGUAAAAACUUUGCUCAGCUUCUAUCAACUGCCCAAUAAUGAACGAAACAAAGUUGAAGAGAAACUGUUGUCUUGACGUAGAUCUACAAAGAACUCGCACACAACCUUGGUGAGUCUAUUGUAGACAUGGCGAGUGAGGAGAGAACUGUGUAGACAACUACUUUUAUAACAAACUCAAAUUGCCAGACUUUUUCAUUGAAUUGUUACUUUGUCUUGAAUAAAGUAUAUAACUAGUCA